AUGACCGUCCAGGCGAGGAGGUCCUCCGCGGCCUACAGUAAACCGUCGCCCUACUCGUCGCGUGCCCAUGACAACGACAUUGAAAAACAACGACUGAAUGCUCGACCACAAUAUCACCAUUACAGUCGCAGUGACGACGAGGAGGAAGAAUCAGAAUCAGAUAGCGGCCCUGACCACUCCUCCAGUUCUUAUCCACUGGCCGCUGGCAGUUCUCGUCGUGGUGGAUCAAACGUGGGCUUUCGCGUCCCUCAACGGAUAAUGCGAUGGCUUUGCCUAGGAUUAUUCAUCUCACUUAUCCUUUUCAUCUUGACCCUCUUCCGAUUUACCAUCUCGUCCUCCGUAUCAAAGGUCGCCGUGGAACUUCCUAAAGUCGUCUCCCCGAAACCGCCCGCAUGGGAAUCAUUCCCAUUCCUCGACCGCUACCACGGUGGAUUAAACAACCUCGUCGCUCGUUAUGACAAUGUACCCGAAUACCCUGGUGAUGGUGCUGAUGUGCCUAUACCCAUAGAGGAGGAGGAGGAGGAACACGACGAGGAAGAAACCCAGUUGAACAAACGGGAUAUGAAGCUAUCCAUGUCAAGUUCUGUCUUUAAUCCGUAUCCAGACUACAAUUCUCCUGAUUAUAUCAAGAAGUAUGGUGAAAAGCGCGAAUGUUUCUUGGACAAAGAUGGUUCUAUUCGCAUUCCAGCUGUGCAAUCUUUCCCCGGUGUACCCAAAGGAUUCCCCGAGCCGGUGAUUGGAUCAAAUACGAUGCUUGGGAUCCGUGACGACAUGUGCUUUGAUCGAUUCGGACGACUGGGACCUUAUGGACUUGGAUACGGCGUUAAGAAGGGCGGUAUCGGAGCCGGUCUCGAGGGACAUCGCGAUGGUGCUGAGCGUGUCUGGGAAGAUGUUCCUCCGGUAGACUUCCGACAGAUCAGCUGGGCGGAUGCACAGCACCGAUGCAGUGCUGCAAAUAGCCAUCGCUUUAAGGAGCUGCCCGAGCCACGCUUGAACCGAUUCGUUUCGAUGCCUGUGGGAGUCUCCAAUAUCAAUGUUGUUCAGGAGCCAGAGGACGCUCAGAGAGCUGCGCCCAAGGUUGGAUCAGAGCGCCUACAAAAAACCGCGGUCAUUAUCCGUACCUGGCAUGACUUCCACUACACCCCCGAAGACAUUAUGUAUCUCCGAGCUGUAAUCUCCGAGCUCUCAUUGCUGUCCGGUGGUGAAUACACUAUUCAUUUCCUUGUUCAUGUCAAGAACAACGAUCUUCAGAUCUGGGCGGAUGACGAAACCUACGAACGCGUCCUUCAUGAUGCAUUGCCCGAAGAGUUCCGUGGAAUGGGAACGCUGUGGUCUGAGGCACAGAUGUCGCUGGUGUAUCCUGGUCUCGAGGAGACAUUCACUCGCGGAUUACCUAUUCAUGGAGUCUAUCGCAGUACUUAUAUGCCCAUGCAGUACUUCGCUUACCAGCAUCCGGAAUACGACUACUUCUGGAACUGGGAGAUGGACGUUCGCUACACCGGUCAUUGGUAUCAUCUUUUCGACAAGGUUGGAGACUGGGCGAGAGCCCAGCCCAGAAAGGGUAUGUGGGAGCGCAAUGCUCGCUUCUAUGUUCCAUCAGUUCAUGGCUCUUGGGAAGACUUCCGCCAGAUGGUUCGUGUUCAAACCGAGAGCGGUACCAAUAGUCCUAACAACAUGUGGAGCGUGGCCAAGCCUGAUGGACAGGAUAAGAAUCGGGGUCCAGAUGGAGUGCGUAUCCAAGGUGACAAGUUCAUUUGGGGUCCCGAGCGACCUGAUGAACGCGACAUCUUCGAAGUGGAAGGAGAAGGCAUUCCGCCAACAACUAUGGACAAGGAUCAAUAUCAAUGGGGCGUGGGUGAGGAUGCUGACUUGGUCGUUUUCAACCCUCUGUACGAUCCCGAGGGUACGACCUGGUUGCUUCGAGACGAUGUAACUGGUUACAAUAAAGAAAACGGAAUGCCCCCACGCCGCACUGCGAUCAUCACCGCCUCACGUCUUUCGCGCAAGCUUCUCACCACCAUGCAUCGUGAGACCAGCUUGAAGCACCACAGUAUGUUCUCUGAGAUGUGGCCUGCUACCACAGCGCUUCAUCACGGAUUCAAAGCGGUCUAUGUGCCUCAUGCUGUUUACAUUGACCGUCGCUGGCCUACUAAAUACCUCGAAUCUGUCUUUAACGCUGGUCGCAAUGGUGCAUCAGGUGGCACUCGCACCUCGGUCUUUGGUGACAGGGAACACAACUUCAAGGGUACCACCUGGUUCUACUCUGCCGGAUUCUCCCCUAAUAUCUGGCGUCGCUGGCUCGGCAUGCGAGUCGACAAUGACGGUGGUGAGCAGCAGGAAAUAGCUGGCGAGGGCCGUAUGUGUCUCCCUCCCAUGCUUCUUCACCCUGUCAAGGAUGUGCCGAUUGUGAUUGAUGAAGGAGAAAGGUCAGAAGAUAUGUGA